AUGCGCCGUGGCAGGGAGGAGUCUGAGGGCGCUGAGGAGGGUGCCGAGGAGCUGCUGGCUCAGCUGAAGCAGCUGGCAGCGGAGCCAGGCGGCAGCAGCCCGGCAGGCGAGCGAGAAGAAGCUGCCACCACGGCAGCGCCAGAGGCAGCAGCAGAUGGCGCAGCGGGAGACGGGGGAGAAGCGGGUGGCGCAGAGGCAGCAGCAAAAGAGGGAGACGCGGGGCCUGGCGGCAGCACAGAUGCGCUGCCCGGCAGCACCACCGCCACCAGCGCAGCGACAGCAGCAGCAGGUGCUGUCGUGGCGGCACGGGAGCAGCAGCGGCUGCUGGCAGCCCUGGAGGGCCGCCUGCGGCGCAUGCAGGCAGAAGCGGAGGGCCGCGAGCGGCAGCUGCACCGCCUGGUGGCAGAGCGGGACGAGUUGCGAGGUGCGGUACGUGAGGCGCAGGCAGCCAGGCAGGAGGCGGCAGCAGGCCUCAAGGCGGCGCAGGCGAGCAGCAAGGAGGCGGAGGCGGCCAAGCGCAAGCUGCAGAAGCAGCUGGAUGCCAGCAUCAAGGCACGGGAGGAGGGCAAGGCGGCGGCAGACAGGGCGGCGGCGGCGGAGCGGGCGGCGGCGCAGCAGGCGGCGCAGCUGUCGGCUGAGCUGGCGGAGGCGCGCGCAGCGCUGGGGCGCAGGCAGGAGGAUGCGCGGGCGCUGGGGGCCGCAGAGCGCGAGGCGCUGCAGCUCAAAAUAGAGGCGAUGCAGGCAGAGGUGGAGGCAGCAAGGGAGCGGGAAGCGGCGGCGGAGGGGCGUGCGGCGGCGGCGGCGGAGGGCAAAGAGGCUGCUGAGCGGGCGCGGCAGGAGGCGGAGCGGGAGCGGCGGCAGGCCGAGCUGGCCGCAUCCACGGCGGCGUCGGUGGCAGAGGCGGAGCGCCAGCAGCGGGCAGAGGCGCAGGGGCUCAGCGAGGCUCUGAAGGCGGAGGGCGAGGCGCGAGCCAAGCGCUUCCAGGCGGCGGUGCAGGCGGCGGUGGGCAAGAUCCAGGCUGAGCUGGAGGCGGAGCGAGACGCGCUGCAGGCCAGGCUGGAUGAUGCGGAGCAGGCCGCCGGCGCGUUUCGCCAGCAGCUGGUGGAGGCGCAGGGGCGGGUGGAGGCGAGGGAGGGAGAGCUGCGCAGGUGUGCCGCCGAGGCGCAGGGCUCGGCGCUGGUGGCGGCAGAGGCGCAGCAGCAGGUAGAGGCGCUGGCCCGCAGGCUGGAUGCCGCCGCCACGCAGGCAGCGGCGCUCAGGCAGGCGGCGGCGGAAGCUGCGGCGGCGGCAGAGGCGGCGGCGGCCGGCCGAGGGCAGGCCGAGGCGGCGGCAGCGGCGGCAGCCGAGGCGCUGCAGCAGGCGCAGGCGGCGCACGGCGAGCGCGAAGUGGCGCUGGAGGCGCGGCUGGCGGCGGCGGAGCGGCAGGCCGAGGUGGCGGCGGCCAGCCUGCAGGCCGUGCAGGUCGGCGAGCGGCUGGCGGCGGCAGACGCGCGGCAGGCGGCGCAGGCGGCGAUGAGCGAGGCCGCCGACGCGCGUGGCAGGGCGGAGCGGCUGGAGCGCGAGCUGGAGGCUCUGCGGUCGGCCGGCCAGUCCCAGGCCCCGCGGGGCGCCGCCGCCGCCGCCGCCAGCCGCUCCGCCCGCUUCGGCGCGCCCGGCACCAGCGAUGUGCUCACCUCGCUCGGCAUUGGCUCCAGGCAGCAGCAGCAGCAGCAGCAGCAGCAGGCUGGGGACGCAGAGGCGGGCGGCGGCAGCGGCGGCCUGGAUCUGGAGAUGCUGCGGCGCCUGCCGCUGAGCACCAGCGCCUCGGCGCGCAGGCUGGGAGGGAAGCGGGGGGUCGCGGGCGGCGGCGGCGGCGCUGGCGUGGUGUCGCUGCGCACCUGGCUGCUGGUGGGUUACGGAGCGGUCCUGCACCUUGCCCUGAUGCUGAGCAUGAACCAGCACACGCACUGCCACCACACCGCAGCCGCCGACUCGCUGCCGGGGCAUUGA